CUACGCAUCCAACGAUCCCCCGUGCCCAUUCAAGAAAGGCGAUGUCGAAGGUUGAGAACGAUCCAAUGUUGUUAGCAUCAAUGCCACUGACCUUUGGUAGGUUGCACGAGCCCGUCACUACCUUCACCACUCACUUGCUUUAUGCUCCAUCACGAGAUCUGCACUUCUGACGGCAUGGUCAAACCCGUCGCUUCAUGCUGAUGCACCAUUGCUACUGUCUAUGCUCUUAGCGAUGGAUGUUUUGCGACACAACAUCACUCAGCUCAAGCAAGUCGACUGAUACACACUUGCCAGAUCCAUUGGCUCCAAUUUCGAGCACAUCACGCGACCCGAACGAGCCCAAAGUAAACGUGGCCGAGAUGCAGAAUGACAUGAGCAAGACACCAGCAUCUCACAAAUCCACCAAAGUUGAUCGUGAGCGGCACGAAGAUGCAUAUCACACCGGCCACGGCACGUGCACAAAUUGUGCGUCACUCAUGACAAGGAUCACUCGUCUCGAGAAGCAAAGUGAGGUAGCCACACAGCUAUUCGCGCGACUCAUCGAGACCUCACGCGAGAAGGAUAAAUCAACACCGCCGGAGCAGAUUGAUACAUCGGUCGUUGCAACCAACAAAAAUGGGCAGUCAUCACGUGGCGAAGCGCCACCAACAUUCGACGAUCUCCAGGAAUUCUUCGAUUUCAUCGAAGCCGAGCAGGCGCAACAGAGACACGCCAUCGAUCGUUUGCAAGACCGAAUGAAUAUGUUCGUGGAGCCGAUCGCGACUCUUCGCCGGGACGUAGACUCCUUGUUUGCGUGGCAACAAUCCGUCAUUGAGGAAGAAGAUCAGAAGAAAAAACAGAAGGAGACUCAAGCGAAGCUAGAGAAGAAGACCAGAGUGGCUUAUACUGAUGCUUGGAAGGUGGACACGCGGCCGAAAUCUCAAUAGAAGUUCAAGUCUCGCCGCAGGAUGGAUUUGGUUGGAGCCCACUGUUGCAAAUACUACCCGAUCAUGA